AUGGGGGCGUUUGUGUUAUUCUUAUUUUUAAUUUACAUAAAUGAAAAUAUUGCAAUAAUACCAAACGAACAGACGUUUCCAUUAAAUGUUAAAUCGAAAGUGUCUCCUGCUGCUCCAUAUAAUCUCCCAAUACGAAGAUAUAAGGAAGAAUAUUACGACCCUUUUCUGAAUGAUAUUAACUCUGAAACACAGAACCGGAAGGAAUUUUUCGAUGAUCCUUCCUAUAGAUUCUAUAAGGAUGACGACAUUUUGAAGUCCGAAAGAUUUAACUUCAAACUUCCUCCUCAAUCUAGAAGAGAUAAUGAAUAUAGAACAUCAAAAAGAAAUCCUGAAAUUUCACCAGAAAAUCAUUGUCUUCAGUCUAAAAUAAAUGACAAUGAUUUUUCUACUCAAGAACUAUACCCCAGUAAAGAAAUGGGAAAUGCUGAAAAGCCCAAUUGUAGUAACCGAGAAAAUGUUCUGAAAAGUAAAACCUUGGAUAUGGAGGAGGAUAUAGCCAAAAUACAACUUGCAUCACAAUUCUUUAUGCAGAUUCCUUUAAAAUCUGAAUAUAGUUUAGAUAAUGCUUACAUACCACACAUUUCUCCAAUAGUAGAGUGUAGGGGAGUCAAUAAAAAUUAUAGUGAGUUUUCAGAAAGAAUUCCUCUUGAUAAUAGGCACAUAAAUAAGAAACCAGGCACUAAUUUACCUGGAAAUUAUAGGACAUCCAAUGAAGCUGUCGAGUUUAAAGAUCAAACUCAUUUAAAGCAUUCGCUUACGUCUUCAGCAAGUGCUGUAGAAAAUAGACUACUUACAUCUCACAUAACAAAAACAUUUGAAAAAGUAAAAGGAGACGAGGAAAAUAUAUCUGAUGGCCAUCUAAACGAUAUUCCUUUUUGGAAAACACCAUCAAAUAAAAAAUAUAUGGAUAGCCUCGAAAAUAAAUUGAGAAACUUAUAUGCUGUUAAUCAUACUAAAGAUGUACAAAAUAUUAUCGAACAGUCUAAGACUACACCGUCAUCUUCGAGGUUACCUCAGCAAAUAGCAAGUGAGCAAAUACACAAACCAAAACCUUUUGAAUCUCAAAAAACUUAUGAUAAUAGUUCUUUAUCGACUACUCCAGGGGUAACAGGGAUUUCUCUGAGUGAUAAAUCUCGCAACAGGCUCAAUGAAAUUCCUUGUCCUUCCGUUAAUCAGACGUGCACCGAAACAAGACACGAAAAUAGUUUUAGUAACAGUACCGUGGAAGAUAUGAACCCUGCAAGAUUUUUAAGACGACAAAUACAGACCACGGCAAACCAGAUUAUUCCGUCUCAUUAUGACAUGGCUAAAAAUUCAAAAUCAAUCGGAGCAACACAAGAAACACCACAUCAUUACGAUAAGUUGUGCAGAUCACCUAUAUUUGAUGUUAAUUCUAAACUUAUUAACGAUUGUAUUGAGCCAAUCAAUCAUAAUGGAAGUAAUAAACAAACGAAACACGAUAUGUUAAAUUUAAAAUCGUCAGUACCUCUGAACGGUAUUAAAGCGAUCUACUAUCCAAGCAACAACAAAUCUUCCCUUUUAUAUAACGGAAUUAAGAACAAUGUUAAUUGCGAUUGUAUAAGAACCAACGCUGAAGGAGUUUUUAUCCAACCAAAUUUAGCAAUAGACAAUUCAUUUGUAAAAUGUGAUAUAAAAAACAUCGUACCGGAAAGCAUUGAAAGCUCGAUAAAUCACGUACCACGUUGUUAUCUCGGAAGAAAUAAUUUGACAUCAAGGCAAGAUGGUAAUUCUAUUAACCAAAAUAUAAGUGGAGUAGUAUAUAAAAUACCUGAAGUGCACCCAUCGAUAGAUGAACCAUAUAUCAUACAUCCUAAUUCGAUUUCGAAAAAUUAUAUGGAAAAUUUAAGCAAUUCUAUUAAAUGUUAUGCGCUUCCGUCUCUGUCGUCUCCUAUAAAUCUUAACAAUGAAGAUAAGGAAAGAAUGUAUACCUCUCCAAUGUAUGUACAACCAACUCCUAUUAAAGUUUAUCCUCAACAAACUACCAUUAAUGUCAAAUCAAUACACAAUACACCAGUAAUUUCUGCUGCGCCUUAUACAGUACAAGCUCCAAAAUACUCAUUCUAUGAAAUCAAUAAACCUAAAGUUACUUUUCUUAAUCCCACAAAAGCUCAGAAUCCAGAAGGUUAUAAAAACCCCACAGUCACAACAAUCGCACCAAAAGUACUACAACAAAAUGACUCAAAUUUUAAUUCGAUAAAACCAAAAGUUUCUAAUGUUAAUGUUUUAGCAAACACUGGGUACCAGGUCCAUUCUCCUAUUAAUAAAUAUAACUCGCUUUUAAGUGCUUCCUUAAAUAAUAUAACUUCAGUUAUUGUUUCUAAUAUUCUAUCAAGUUUAAAUAAAGAUAUUUCUAAAACGUUAAAGAAACCAUUAUCCCAAGGCUUCAACGUAACGCCAAUAUCAUGUGAAAUACCAACUUUUGAAGUGACGCAUCCUUGUAUUGAAUCGCCGAGGUAUUUACCAGAGACGCCAAUAAAAAUAAGAAAAGAUAAUUCGACAAGCACUGCUACCAAUAGAUCAUCUAAACCGAGUGUAUCUACGAUAACAAUUAAUGUUUUACCACCAGUACAGCAAAUAUCCAAUGAUAUUAUUAUAAUUGUAUAA